CCGCCCCCUCUUCUUACUCUUCCCCACUGCUGUGCUCCACAUCCGAAUAUCUCUCCAUUCAGCACACUGCGCUCCAAUCCUGCGCAUUAUGCGCCUGUACACGCUCCGCCUAGUCCGCCGAGGAUCCCGAUUACACCUCCGAUGUUUCCACUACAAAACUCCCUUCAUCCCUUCGUACCCGCCAAGGAAAACCCACCAAAUGCCCCCACUACCCCCGAAAUCCCUGCAUCAGCACGUGGCCCACCUAUGGAAUUGGCGUCGCGGUACCCACCCACGGACACGGAGGUCGAUCCAUCGGGACGUCAUCACUAUCGGACAGCUAUCGCGCUACCUGAACGACCAGAUCGGACGACCGCCAGAAAAUGAGGAACUGGUGGAGGCCUUCUGCGGGAUUGUGGAGGCGCACGAGGGAUCUAUUAUUGUUGACGAUUAUGCAUAUGGGCUCCUGAAGGUGUACGAGCAUGUGGGUAGUCUUCCGGUCGAGUCGAUGCGCAACGCACUGUCAGUGGUGUACAGAGGGGCUACAGAGAACCAAGUUCUCCUGGCUCGGGCAAUGUUCUCUGGACUGAGGGGUUCGCCUGAAAAGGGGACGCUGGUUGAUGGGGAUGUUGUCAUGAUUGUGCACAUGCUUUCCCGGACGGGAAAUUCCGCUGAGGCGCUAGAGGUUGCGGAGGACUUUUCUGCGAAGCUUACAAGUUUGGAAAGCGAGAGGGUUGUUUGGGAGAAGGUUCUUGAAGGAUUCUCGUCUGAGGGGAAUGAGGAAGUUUUGCUGAGGACUUGGGAGAAGUUGGAGAAGUCGAAGAUGGAGAUGGAUCCGAAAUUGUGUGCACCGCUGGUCGCGCUGUACUGUGAGAAGGGGGAGCUCGAUAGCGCGAAGAUGUGGUAUCAGAGGGUUGUGGAGUCGGGAACCGGGCCUACUGCUUCUGCGUAUGUCGAAAUAAUCAAGGCUUGUUUGAGUACAAGGAAUUAUGCUUGGGGGAGUGAGAUUGUGGAUACGUUGCUGGGAGAGGGGGGGAAAUUACAUAUGGGAAAGGAGGCGUGGGAUGUGGUCCUUAGAUGGUACCUGGCUCUCGGCGCAGAUCCUGAAAAGAUGGACGAAUUAUUGGAUAUGAUGGCGCAGAGAGCGGAAGAGGUAGAAGUAUUGCCUUCUCCUGAAAUGGCUACAAUAAACGGCCUUCUCCGCUCGGGGAUGGUGGUGGUAGGACCAAGCUUCCCAUUCGAAGACUUCCUGUUAAUAGCAGACAGACGGGGAUUCAAUUACGAUAGAACGUCCUUCGAGCUUAAGCUGGAGCACAAAAUUAAUCAAGGCAACACCGAGGAAGCCCUGGCCACCUACGAAGACCUCAAAACUGAAUCAAUCCCACGGAGAUACCACGCAACAGAAGUCAAGCACCUCCUCCGCCACCUCUGCGCCCAGCCUACCCUCGACAGGGAGGCCAUCCAAACUAUCUACGCCGACCUCCUGGACUGGGAUGUCCGCCUCGACGUCGGAACUCUCUGCCCGCUCCUGCACAUACUACUGGAAGGCUGCUCUUUCAAGGAGGUCAUCAACCUCCUCACCCGCGAGAGCCCGAGCAACCACGAAAAGUCUCGAAUCAUCGCGCAAAUGAUAAGCCACAUCUCGAGCUCAGGCACGAGCAUUGAGGCAGCCUGGGACACCUACCAAAUCCUCUACCAGGUCUUCCCCGAAACCACCGUCCACCAGCGAACAACCCUGAUGUCGCUAUUCUUCGACCUGGGCCGAAGUGACAUGGGUGUAAUGGUAUUCCAGCAUAUGCGCCAGACGAGAAAACGCAAGCCAUUGAAAUACACUUACCGUGCCGCGCUCCUGGGCGUAGCGAUUAACCGCGAUCUGGAAGCGCUGCGCGUGAUACACAACGCCUUGAAACUGGACUGCCAAUUCGACCCGGACACCCGACUCCUCAAUUCACUAAUGACAGCAUAUGCCGCCUGCGGUAUGCCCACGCGAACGAUGGAGAUAUGGGAGGACAUCCGCCGCUCGGUCCAAGGCCCAGAUCACGAGAGCGUUGCCAUAGCCCUGGAUGCAUGCUCGCGCAUCCCGAAAGGGAUUCGGCAGGCACAGGUGUUGUGGGGCCAGUUGCGCGCGGCGGGGUACCAAUUCACCGCGGGGGAUUACGCAGCGUAUGUCGAAGCGCUGGGCCGGAACGGGAAGUGGGAUGAGGGGUGGAGGAUUGCGAAGGAAAUGAAGGGGGAGGGUGUGGAGCCUGAUGUUCGAUUGUAA